AUGACUUCAGACCCUCCCCAGCUCACCUGGCCCAUUGGCCGGGUCCCAGUCGAGAUCUUUGACGAAAUCACCACCUACCUUUCCCGGUCGGAUGUUAAGAACCUCCGCUUGGUCAACCACGAGUUUGACAAGAUGAUCUCAUCCAAAUACUUCCGCAACGUCGUGGUUCCUUUCCGAUCGGAGAUGUACAAGGCGAGAAAGCAGAAGUACCUGGACGAUGGAGGUCAAGGCCAGCCUCAACUUGGAAAGGACACCCUCUUCUCCAGUGGCAUGCGCAUUUUCCAGUCUUUCGGCGAGCACAUUCUUCGAUUUGCCUUGUCGCUCGAGCUGGACGAGGAGAGCCUCGCCUACCCUCCCAUCAAGCCGACCCAGCAAGCCGUUACCUCGUACUGGGGUAUCUACCGCUGGCCUCAUGAGUCGUACAACCGGUAUGCGGAACUUGAGGGGCUUGAGCAGACUGCCGACGAGACAGCGUCCAUGACGGAGGCCUUGAAGUGCCUGGUUCAGGUUCAGGAACUUGGGCUGUGUUGCGAUGCUGGACUCGGUUACCUUCUAGGACCCGACCAGCAGUUGGAGAGCCCUCCUCUGCCUCACCCGGUCUUUGGCCUUCGCAAUCUACGAUACCGAAACCUGCAGCGACGCCUGGCGCGAGCCGACUCAGACACUAUGAAUGCCCGAAAGCUCGCUUUUGAGAGUCCUCGAGAUUUCAAGUACACCGUGCUGGAGGCCAUGGUCAUGAAUGCCGGCUACACGCAGGAGCAGGCUAAGGACGCGAUUGCUAUACUCUUGAGCACCGAGAACGUGUCACUGACAAACAUUGACUUUGACGAACGUACCGCCGCUGCCGCUGCCGCUGCCGCUCAGGCGGCUGCCCAUGCAGCCCAGACCACCGCAGAGGCUCGCGCGGGCGUAGCUGCUCACGCCAACCAACACAACCUUGCCAACAUCGCCCAACUCAUCGCUCAGGGUCAACCUGCACCGUUCUUCAACGCUGCUGAUUUUGAUCCUCCCGAUCAUGAUGACGAAAUUGCUGAGGCGAGAGCGGCGGCCACUGUGCUUAAUGAGCUCACGGCUGGCCAUCCACUGCAGCCCAGGAAUCUGACUAGAGCUCAGAAAGAAAUGCUGCUGGAGCUGGAAUGGGCCCACCGAGCUCUCAUUCAAUCUUACGUCCUCGCCCUCAUCGACAACGCCCGGAUGAAUAGCUUCAAUGUUCUGACGACCUUGACGAUCGCCAAGAUUCCAAGCAGCCACGUCUACAUGUUCCAGAGGUCGGAUUUCUGGCAGAGUCUGCCCAACCUGACCAACGUUGCCCUUGCUGUUGUAGCCGAUUGGCGCCAGGUGUCUAAAGUUGCCCCUGGUUGCGUCGAGGACAACUUCGUCUCGCCCGUGGAGGCGGUGACUAAGGUCCAGCGUUUGAUUCAGGAUCACAUCGCGGCACAAGUCAACAUCAAAUUCCUCCAUUUCGAGUGGAUUUGUGGUGGCGAGUUCGCACCCGGCAUCACCCAACGAAAUCAAUACGUGCUUCCCGCUCCAUUCUGCUCGCCGAUGCAGAUGGUUCAUCCUGAAGGUGCCAAGUCGCCAGACGCCUUGCUCAAGCUACCGCACAUCAGACACCUGUCACUCAAGAACUGCUACUCGGCGCCUCACAUCUUUCUACAGGUUUUGCGAACAAUGGGAUUCCAGUCUCUGGAAAAGUUGGAACUCGAAAGUGUGUCUCUCACGGGCGCGCCCGCGAGAAACCCCGGCGCCGAGAAUGCGUUUGGACCUGCACUCGUUAUUGGCCCGGCUCAUGGUCCAGGCAUUGUACUUCACGGACAUGGCCAGACUCAAGGUGCGCAAGCCGCGGGUCCGAAUCAAGCGCCUCCGUUGCCGCCGACACCUCUCCAACCGCAAGCCAACCCGGGCUUCGGGGGUGCGCCAGGGGUUCCAGCCGGAAUGGUGGUCCCUCAGGGCCCGCUACAUGCUCCUGGCAUCCUGCCGGCACAUCUUGCUGAAAUUAUGAUGCAGCAACCUCUUCCGCAAAUCGCCAAUGUGGCGAACAACGCGGCGCCGCCUCCCCCUCCACCCGAUCCGAUGGCCGGCUGGGGUAGAAUGCGACCAAGACAGCCACGACUACUGUCUUGGGCUGGCAUCAUUGAACGUCUCGCACCGACUCCACCGAUUCAAGAGAUCAUGGUCGGUCAAGGUACCGAAGAUGACGAAGAGGAUUGGGUGGAAGACUUUGUACGGAAGGACGACGGAUUCUCGCUCCUGCCCCAGCCACACAGUCUCGUCAAAAAGAAAGAGUUGCUCAGUAUUCACCACAUCUCCCUCAAGUCCUGCGGCUACGUGGUCCUGGACAUUCCGAUGGUUGACAAUCAUAGCAUCAUGCCAACCACCUCCCCUUGGCAAGAGCCUGCGGAAGUGACUGCGCGUCGGCGGGAGCUCAUGCCCUUCAUGCAGUCCUGCGGCGACAGGCUGGCGGCUAAGAUCACCAAUUAUCUCAGCAACCAGGAGCACUUUAACCUCUCGACCGCCUUUGGUAUGGACACGGAGUGGACUGGUGUGUACGAUGAGGAGGUUAUUGAAGCUGCGAAGAGGGACGGUAUCGUUCAUCCUGGAAGAGGACGAAUCACGGGUAUGAUUACCAAGAUGGCUGAACAGGCUUGA